UUUGUAUGUGCUUCUCCCGGCGCCGGCCGCUCCCGCUGGUGCUGCUGGAGUUCGGGCAGCGCUUCUCGUAGCGGCGGCGGCAGCUCCUACUAAACAUGUCGGCUCCCGCCGGGCCCCGGAGCGGCCCCGCCGCUCCUCAGCCUCCUCCGGCCCCGCAGCCCGAGAUGCCGGACCUCAGCCACCUCACGGAGGAAGAGCGGAAGAUCAUCCUGGCCGUCAUGGACCGCCAGAAGAAGGAAGAGGAGAAGGAGCAAUCCGUGCUCAAGGUGAAAGAAGAGCAAAAACCACAGCCGACACAGUGGUUUCCCUUUAGUGGGAUCACUGAGCUGGUAAAUAACGUUCUUCAACCACAGCAAAAACAGCAAAAUGAAAAGGAGCCCCAGACAAAAUUACAUCAGCAGUUUGAGAUGUAUAAGGAGCAAGUGAAGAAGAUGGGUGAAGAAUCACAGCAGCACCAGGAGCAGAAGGGUGAUGCCCCAACCUGUGGCAUCUGCCACAAAACCAAGUUUGCUGAUGGCUGUGGCCAUAACUGUUCCUAUUGCCAAACGAAAUUCUGCGCGCGCUGCGGAGGAAGAGUGUCCCUGCGCUCCAACAAGGAGGACAAAGUGGUAAUGUGGGUCUGUAACUUGUGCCGAAAGCAACAGGAAAUCCUCACGAAAUCGGGAGCCUGGUUCUACAACAGCGGCUCGCACGCGCCGCAGCCGCCGGACCAGGAGGGAGGGAGAGCUCUGAGGAACGAGGAAGCACCUCAGGAGAAAAAAGCAAAACUGCAGGAGCAUCCGCAGUACCAGGGACCACCAGGUGACAUAUCCACACAAGCUUUGGACAAAAACAGAUCUCAAGGGCUCACAAGACAAGACUCAAUUAAGAAUGGCUCAACAGUAAAGCAUCCAGUAACAAGUGACACAUCAGACAGGAAAAGAAGCCCUUCAAUAUCAAGAGAACAGAGCAGAAGAUACGACCAAAGGGACGAGAGAGACGAAUACUCGCAGUAUGCUACAUCAGACAGUGCAAUGCCCAGGUCACCAUCAGAUUAUUCAGAUAGGCGGUCACAGCGUGGGCCCCAGUUGUACGAAGAGCCUGAACUGGGUGAUUAUAGAGAUUCCAACAGGAGGAGCCGCAGGCGUUCCAAGGAGUAUCCGGUAGAAGAAGAAGAUGCGCAAAGCAGGGAAGAAUAUGAGAGGCAAAGGAGGGAAGAGGAAUACCAGGCACGAUACCGGAGUGAUCCUAAUUUGGCUCGUUAUCCAGUCAAGCCGCAGCCAUAUGAGGAACAAAUGCGUAUCCACGCUGAAGUGUCCCGCGCACGACACGAACGCAGGCACAGCGAUGUCUCGCUGGCAAAUACAGAGCUGGAAGAUUCUCGGAUGUCCAUGCUCAGGAUGGAACGGCCAUCAAGACAAAGAUCAGUGUCUGAGCGCAGGGCCGCCAUGGAAAACCAACGUUCAUACUCUAUGGAAAGAACUCGAGAGGCUCAGGGACCAAGUCCCAAUCGUCAGAGGACCACAAAUCAUAGCCCUCCUACACCUAGGAGGAGUCCAAUUCCUCUGGAAAGACCAGACAUGAGGCGCUCUGAUUCUUUAAGGAAACAGCACCAUUUGGAUCCCAGUUCUGCUGUUCGGAAAACAAAGCGUGAAAAGAUGGAGACCAUGUUACGGAAUGAUUCACUCAGCUCGGACCAGUCUGAAUCCGUCAGGCCUCCUCCACCAAAGCCCCAUAAAACGAAAAAAGGAGGUAAAAUGCGCCAGGUUUCAUUAAGUAGCUCAGAAGAAGAACUGGCAUCCACUCCAGAAUAUACAAGUUGUGAUGAUGUAGAGAUUGAAAGUGAAAGUGUUAGUGAAAAAGGGGACAGUCAAAGGGGAAAAAGAAAAACUAGUGAGCAGGCAGUUUUGUCGGAUUCUAACGCCUUAUCCGAGAGGCAAAAGAAAAUGGUGUGCUUUGGUGGCCACUCCUUGGAAGAGGACUUGGAAUGGUCUGAGCCUCAGAUAAAAGACUCUGGGGUAGAUACGUGUAGUAGCACCACUCUAAACGAGGAACAUAGCCAUAGUGAGAAGCAUCCAGUAACUUGGCAGCCAUCCAAAGAUGGAGAUCGUCUCAUUGGUCGGAUUUUGUUAAAUAAGCGACUGAAAGAUGGAAGUGUGCCUAGAGAUUCAGGAGCAAUGCUUGGAUUGAAGGUAGUAGGAGGAAAGAUGACUGAAUCAGGUCGACUCUGCGCAUUUAUCACCAAAGUUAAAAAAGGAAGCUUAGCUGAUACAGUGGGGCAUCUUAGACCAGGUGAUGAAGUAUUAGAAUGGAAUGGAAGGAUACUACAAGGAGCCACCUUUGAGGAGGUGUAUAAUAUCAUUUUAGAAUCCAAACCUGAGCCACAAGUAGAGCUUGUAGUUUCAAGACCAAUAGGGGACAUUCCCAGAAUACCUGACAGCACACAUGCACAGCUGGAGUCCAGUUCUAGUUCAUUUGAAUCUCAAAAAAUGGACCGACCUUCUAUUUCAGUGACUUCUCCUAUGAGUCCUGGCAUGUUAAGGGAUGUUCCACAGUUCUUGUCUGGACAACUUUCAAGCCAAAGCCUUAGUAGAAGAACAACGCCUUUUGUUCCUAGGGUUCAGAUAAAACUGUGGUAUGACAAGGUUGGUCAUCAGUUAAUAGUGACCAUACUGGGAGCAAAGGAUCUUCCUUCAAGGGAAGAUGGGAGGCCAAGGAAUCCUUAUGUUAAAAUUUACUUUCUUCCAGACAGAAGUGAUAAAAAUAAAAGAAGAACAAAAACAGUAAAGAAAACAUUGGAACCUAAGUGGAAUCAGACAUUUAUUUAUUCUCCAGUUCAUCGGAGAGAGUUUAGAGAACGAAUGUUAGAAAUCACUCUUUGGGACCAAGCACGAGUUCGAGAGGAAGAAAGUGAAUUUUUAGGAGAGAUUCUUAUUGAGUUAGAGACAGCAUUACUAGAUGAUGAACCCCACUGGUACAAACUUCAAACACAUGAUGUCUCUUCAUUGCCACUUCCCCAUCCCUCACCAUAUUUGCCACGCAGACAGCUCCAUGGCGAGAGUCCCACACGGAGGUUACAAAAUAAAGGCUUAUAUUCAUAUAAUUCAGGAUCCAAAAGAAUCAGUGACAGUGAAGUCUCUGAUUAUGACUGUGAUGAUGGAAUUGGUGUUGUUUCAGAUUACCGACAUAACGGGAGAGAUCUUCAAAGUUCAACACUGUCAGUGCCUGAGCAAGUAAUGUCAUCUAAUCAUUGUUCUCGAUCAGGGUCCCCUCACCGUGGAGAUAGUAUAGGACGGACUAGAUCGUGGUCUCCCAGUGUCCCUCCCCCACAAAGCCGGAAUGUGGAUCAGGGACUGCGAGGGACUCGAUCCACCCCUGCGCACUACAACACCCUGAACCGCAUGGACAGACACCGAGCUGUGGACGACCACUACUCCCCAGACAGAGAGAGGAAUUGUGAAGCAGCAGAUAGACAGCCAUAUCAAAGAUCCAGAUCAACAGAGCAACGUCCUGUGCUAGAGCGGACCAACUCCCGCUCCCGAUCCACAGAGCGUCCUGACUCAAACCUCAUCAGGUCGAUGCCUUCAUUAAUGACUGGAAGAUCUGCCCCUCCUUCACCUGCCUUACCGAGGUCACAUCCUCGAACGGGGUCUGUCCAGACAAGUCCCUCAAGUACUCCAGUAGUAGGGCGAAGGGGCAGGCAGCUACCGCAGCUCCCGCCAAAGGGGACGUUGGAGAGAAACAAUGGAGACAAGGAGAUAGAGUCUUAUGAAGAAGUUACAUGGGAAGACCAGCAGAAAAAGGUGAAUGGUACAAUAACUGAUGACAAACCAUUGCCGAAAAAGAAACACCAUUCUGAGACAGAAGAAGCGGAAUCAUCAAGGAGAACAAACUCAGAAGAAAAGAAAACAGAUCCAGAGAAUGGGGAUACAGGUGCACUGGAUGUAGAAGAAAGGAAUCGCCAAAUGAAAAUGAGCAAGUACAAACAGGUAGCAGGAUCAGAUUCCAGGCUGGAACAAGAUUAUCAUUCUAAGUAUCGGUCGGGGCGGGAUCCUCACCGAGGCUCGGACAACGUUUCCAACAAGUCCUCGGACAGCGAUGUCAGCGACGUCUCGGCCGUGUCCCGCACCAGCAGCGCGUCCCGCUUCAGCAGCACCAGCUACAUGUCUGUGCAGUCAGAGCGCCCCAGGGGCAGCAAGAAAAUAAGUGUCUUUACAUCCAAAAUGCAAAGCAGACAGAUGGCCAUCUCAGGAAAGAACAUGACAAAGAGCACCAGCAUCAGCGGGGAGAUGUACACGCUGGAGAAGAACGAUGGCAGCCAGUCGGACACGGCGGUGGGCACUGUUGGGGGUGGCAGCAAAAAGAGGCGCUCCAGCAUUGGUGCCAAGAUGGUCGCCAUCGUGGGGCUGUCCAGAAAGAGCCGCAGCACGUCACAACUCAGCCAAACUGAAGCAGGGGGCAAGAAGCUGCGGAGCACCGUCCAGAGGAGCACGGAGACAGGGCUGGCCGUGGAGAUGAGGAACUGGAUGACUCGCCAGGCGAGCCGGGAGUCAACGGAUGGGAGCAUGAACAGCUACAGCUCCGAGGGAAAUUUGAUCUUCCCUGGUGUGAGGUUGGCUGCAGACAGCCAGUUCAGUGAUUUUCUGGAUGGACUUGGUCCUGCCCAGCUUGUAGGACGACAGACAUUGGCAACGCCAUCAAUGGGAGAUAUUCAGGUGGGAAUGAUGGAUAAGAAAGGACAACUGGAAGUAGAAAUAAUCCGAGCCCGUGGCCUUGUUGUAAAACCAGGUUCAAAGACACUGCCAGCACCAUAUGUAAAGGUGUAUCUAUUAGAAAAUGGAGUCUGCAUAGCCAAAAAGAAAACAAAGGUAGCAAGAAAAACGCUGGAACCACUUUAUCAGCAACUUCUAUCGUUUGAAGAAAGUCCCCAAGGGAAAGUUUUACAGAUAAUUGUUUGGGGAGACUAUGGACGUAUGGAUCACAAAUCCUUUAUGGGAGUGGCACAGAUACUUUUAGAUGAACUGGACCUGUCCAACAUGGUGAUUGGGUGGUUCAAACUUUUCCCUCCUUCUUCCCUAGUAGACCCAACCUUAGCUCCUCUCACUAGAAGAGCUUCCCAAUCAUCUCUUGAAAGUUCAACAGGACCUUCGUAUGCUCGCUCAUAGCAGCUGUGAAACUGUUGUCAUAGCAACCAGCGUUACAAAAAAAUAAAAUUACAGGUCGCAAACCCUGGUAACACUGCAUGCUUAAUGUUGUGUCUUCUGAGCCUGUUUCUAGGGCUGCAACGCGAUCCUGUGUUCUCAAGGAAGUUGCACACAUUGUGCCCUACGGAAGGCCCUCAGGUGAUGGACUGAAAUCAUGAAGAACUGAUAGGUUUGGAGUUCAGGGACUCAGUUUUGGUCCAAUCUGAAGCCAUGGACUAAACUAAAAAAAAAUCAAUCUGUUUCAUGCAACAAAAGUCCUUUUCAAUGGCAUAUCUGUUUUGUUGCUCCCUUUUCUUUAUUUAUCUGCCCUCCCCUCCUAAAGUUUGGUUAUGCCACAGAAACGGAGUUACCCUCCCAUGGAGCCACGUUACAAGUCAGUGGAUUAGCAGACAUUGGAAGAAAAGAAGAAUCUAAGGAUGAUGGAAAAGUCAACUGGCACUUGCAGCAGUUGCUUGAGAUCUGAAAACUCUUCAUAUUGAAAAGGUUCAAGACUUAAAGUGGUGGGCUUCAUACCUCCAGCUGUUCACACGGUGAAACCCCAGACAUGAUGGACUCUCUGAAAAAUAAAGUUCUGUGGAUAUACUGUACUGUAUGAAAUUAAGAAACUUUUUUGCAUGGACACAGAUUUAGCUGAACACUUAAAUUAUUUUCUUGGGGCUGCAACUUGCAAAACAAAAAAAAAAAAGAAUAAAUCAGCCAUUUUCAACAGUUUAUAUUAUUUUUAAAGAUAAAUUUCACUAGUGCAUGGUUUUAAAGGGAAGAGAAUGCAACAGGGUGAUACAAAGACAUACCACGUUUAUCAUUCUUUAAAUCAGUCAUGGUCUGUGUUUUUGCAGACUUAUAUUAAAAAUAAAAAAUAAUUUCUAGCAAAUAUUUAAAAUUCUGUUUAUGUGACAAGAAAUAAGUGUAAUAUAUUAAAUUUAUUUAAAUGUAAAAGGUACAAGCCUUGUAAAGUUCAACAUAAUGUGCAAAUUGUACACUUCUUUUACCUCCUUCUUUCUCUAUCUCUCCUCCCAAUCUCCCUUCUUCCUUUUGCUCUUUUCCCCCUCUACCUCCCAGGAUGAUCAGCAUAUUCUAAAAUGGCUACCUUUUGACUUAUUACUGUCUUAUGCCCCAUAUUUGGUUCAGGGUUGCAGAUUGUUCUGCAUUUCUGAAUUAUUUGAGAAAAAUAUUGUUUAAGAGCUUACUUUUUUUCAAGCAUGUUGAAAAGGAUUUUGCAACAUGGCUUGGGAGUACAUUAAUGUAAUUCAGCAUGUAUUUGAUAAAGAAGAUAUUUGAACUUUUGCAAUUUAUUGUACAGUGCAUGGUAACUUAUUUUCGUUUUUUCUCACCUUCAAAUUGAAUUCUACAGCAAAAUACUGGAAUCAUGUGGCCAUUGUAAGAUGUCUUCAAUAAAUUUGUGUUCAGCACCAGCAUCUUUCAUUCAAAGACUGAACUAUUAUUUCUUGAAGGUUUUUGGAAAGAGGAAAAAUUAAGUACCUGAUUGAUUUUUAGGAAACAAAUUUAAGCACUUUUAUUUGCACUAAACCAAAUUGAUUGCUACAUUUUUGAAAUAACAGAAGCAACAAAGGUUACAAAUCCAUAAAGUUCUUCUGCUGUAAAGUUCAAUUUUCAUAAAUUACAUUUCCAUUGCAAAAGACAUAAUUACAUAAUAUCAGUCUGGAAAGUAUCAGUCUUUGGUUGGUAAAAUAGCCUUAAAGAAAACUUCUCAGUACCACUCUGUCAGCUCUUUGACACCAUUGCCAGAACCUCACUGCAGUUUAUGGAUCUUCGGAACCCUGGGUUUUGUAGCAGACAGUAACUACCAUUGGGUGGUGCUGCAAGUUCAAGCUUCUCAUUAAGUUUCGUUAUUUAAAGGGAAUGUAACUGGCUAAUGUUUAAUAACAAAAUAUCCUUUUCUUUUUUUCUUUUUCCUGGGUCUUUGUAUGCCUUUAAUACCUACUUAAGGUUUAAUAUUGAAAUCUUGCAAUAAUUUUUGAAGUAUGUUACAUUUACCUUUAUGGCCACACAGAAUUAUUCUGAUUUUAUUUGAAAAUCUGUUGAAGUUUCCCAUUAACAAAUUGUACAUGCCUCAUAAGAGGGAAAAAUAACAGUAUCACUUAUAAUGCCUUUUACUUUGUGCAAUAUCAUAGAAAAUGAGAUUGUGUCUUGUCUGCAGAGUUUAUAUAAUGGAUUAUUGUUAAUAGACAGACUGGUAAAAUUAUAUUUAUUGAAAUAAUUUAGACACCUGUCUACCAGCAGCAAAUAAAUGCUACUAACAUGCAGUCUACAAUAUCCCCUAGGAUAUUAAACAGAAAUACAUAACCAUUUUCCUGACACUGUGAGAUGUGCUCACACAUUCUUGUAUGCAUAGUCCUCUAUAAAUUAUUUCAAAUUUUAAAAUCAAGGACAUGACGCAUGGAAGGUUUGUACAUAAUUGUCAUUAUGCAGUAUUUAUUUUAAAAAAAUUAAUGUAUUUUUUUUAAUUUUCACACGUCUGCAAUUCUACUUAUGGUUUAGUCAUGUAAAUAGUACUAUUCCAGUGAUCACUGCUGUCUUGUAAAUAGUACGUUUUAAAAAGUUAAAAGGAAUUACAGUUGGGGAAAAAAAAGGGCAGAUUAGGCCUGUAAUGAACACCAACUAAUGUAAAUCAAACUCAUUCUGGUGAUGGUAUUUAACACUUUAAAUAAAACAUUUUCUUUACAGAA